GCUCCAGAGCAGCCUUGAGACUGCAGGGGUCUUGAUUCUUCAUUGAUCUCUCUUCUUCCUUUCUUCUGUCUUCUUACCUCACUCAGCAGAUUCGCUGAUUUUGAGAACUUGACUGCUUCAAGCAGUAUGAAGGCUUUGUGGCGCUUUCCAUGUGUCCUGUUCUCUUCUUCUCUUGUAAUGCCCUUCUUUCCAAUGCACUAGAUACCAUAACAACGAAUCAGUCGAUUCGAGAUGGCGAGAACCUACUCUCUGCUGGUGGGACAUUUGAGCUGGGUUUCUUCAGUGCGGGCAAUCCCCCAAAGCGGUAUCUGGGAAUAUGGUACAAGAAAAUAACCACAACGACAAUAGUGUGGGUUGCAAAUAGAGUCGCACCCCUUGCGGAUGCAUCAGGUACUUUGAGGAUUACUAGCCGCGGAAGUCUCGUCCUUCUCAACGGGAAUGGAAGUGAUAUCUGGUCGUCGAACUCGACAAUACUGGUGCGUAAUCCAGUUGCACAGCUCUUGGAUUCAGGAAAUCUGGUUGUGAGAGAUGCAGAUGGCAGUGAUCCCAAUAAUGUCCUGUGGCAGAGUUUUGACUAUCCUACAGAUACAUUUCUAGCCGGUAUGAAGAUAGGAUGGAAUAGAACUUCAGGCUUCAAUCGUUAUUUAACAUCAUGGAAGAGCAUUGAUGAUCCUUCUCCGGGCAACUUCACGUAUCAAAUCGAUCCGAACGGCUACCCACAACUCCUACUGAAGCAGGGUUCUGACAUCAAGUUCAGGUCAGGACCAUGGAAUGGUCUUCGAUGGAGUGGCACGCCUAAUUUAAAUCCAAACCCAUACUACAGGUACGAAUUUGUCUUAAAUGAGGAAGAGAUGUACUACCGCUACGAGCUCCUCAACAGUUCGGUCAUUACCAGGAAGUUAUUGAUGCCCAAUGGCAUGGUACAGCGAUUCACUUGGAUUGACCGAACACAUGGUUGGACGCUUUACCUCACCGCGCCAAUAGACCAAUGUGACAACUAUGCAUCGUGUGGUGUCUAUGGUACCUGUAGGGUCGAUACUUCCCCAGUGUGUAGGUGCUUGAAAGGCUUCGUGCCCCGAUUUUCUCAAGAAUGGGAUAUUUUGGAUUGGUCGAAUGGGUGUGUGAGGAGAAAUCCUUUGGAUUGUGAGGACAUAUUUGUGAAGUAUUCUUGGGUAAAAUUGCCAGAUACUCGGUCUUCCUGGUUUAAUGAGAGCAUGAAUCUUCAAGAAUGCAAAGUAGUUUGCAUGAAAAAUUGUUCCUGUAUGGCUUAUUCGAACUUAGACAUCCGAAAUGGAGGAAGUGGUUGCUUGCUGUGGUUCAGCGAGCUGAUUGACAUUAGAGAGUACAACAACUAUGGGCAGGACCUCUACAUCCGGAUGGCUGCGUCAGAAUCAGGUAUUGUAGACAUGAAUUUGCUAGAUACUGAAGCGGAAAAUGGACACACAUCUUUGAGGGAGAGCUUACAGAAUUGUAAUGUCAGUGAUACCUACUUUACUACCGUCACCCCAAAGAAGCAUAAGCUGGUCAUGGGCUUGGCAGUUUCUUUCGGGUCUGCCUUCCUCAUUCUGGUCCUCAUCAUCUGUGUUCGACAAUGCAAGAAGAAGAAAAUGGAGAUUCCUGAAGGAGACAACUGUGAAAACCAGAAGAAAGACCUUGAGUUGCCACUAUUUGACUUGUCUACAGUAGCUCUUGCUACCAGUUACUUUUCAACCGACAAUAAGCUUGGAGAAGGUGGUUUUGGACCUGUCUACAAGGGUGUGUUGAGGGGUGGUCAAGAAAUUGCGGUGAAGAUGCUGUCAAGGAACUCAAGACAAGGGCUGCAUGAGUUUAAAAAUGAAGUUCUAUAUGUUUCCAAGCUACAGCACCGGAACCUAGUGAAGCUUCUAGGAUGUUGCAUUGAGGAAGAGAAAUUUUUGAUCUAUGAAUUCAUGCCCAACAGGAGCUUGGACUCAUUUCUCUUUGAUCCAACGCAGAGGGAGCAACUGGACUGGUCAGCUUGUUUCAACAUCAUCAAUGGAAUUGCUAGGGGGCUUCUUUACCUUCAUCAAGAUUCUAGACUCAGGAUCAUUCACAGAGAUGUGAAAGCUAGCAAUGUAUUAUUAGAUUAUGAGAUGAAUCCUAAGCUCUCUGAUUUUGGCCUGGCUAAAAGCUUCACAGGGAAUGAGACACAGGCAAAUACUAACAGAGUGGUUGGAACAUAUGGUUACAUGUCUCCAGAGUAUGCUCUUGAUGGAGUUUUCUCAACAAAAUCUGAUGUCUUUAGCUAUGGUGUAUUGGUGCUCGAGAUUGUAAGCAGGAAGAGAAACAGAGGUUUCAUAUCAGACCACGAUCAUAAUCUUCUUGGACAUGCUUGGAGACUAUUCACAGAAGGCAGGUCCAUGCAGUUGCUUGACCAGUUGGUUGCGAACUCAUGCAGUACUUCUGAAGCAUUGCGCUCUAUUCAUAUUGGCCUAUUGUGCGUGCAGCGAUGCCCUGAUGAUAGGCCGAGUAUGUCCACUGUUGUUAUGAUGCUAGGAAGCGAUCAAUUGCCUCUUCCAAAAGAGCCAGGGUUUUUCAAUGAAAGGAAUCUACUCCAAGAAAACACUUCACAAAGUCAACCAAAUGAAAUGACCAUGACAGUAGUCACCCCGCUUGCGGAUUCAUUGGGCACUUUGAAGGUUACCAGCUUGGGAAGUCUUGUCCUCCUGAAUGCAAAUGGAAGUGAAAUUUGGUCAUCUAACUCAUCCACAGAUGCACGAAAUCCAGUCGCACAGCUCUUGGAUUCAGGGAAUCUUGUUGUGAAAGAUGUAGAUGGAACUGGUUCUAGUAUUUUAUGGUGGCAAAGCUUCGAUUAUCCAACAGACACGCUUCUAGCAGGCAUGAAGAUAAGAAGGAAUCGAAAAACAGGCUUCGAACGAUAUUUGACGUCAUGGAAGAGCAUUGAUGAUCCUUCUCCAGGUAACUUUACACAUAAAAUUGACCCAAAUGGCUUCCCACAAAGCAUAGUGAAGCAAGGUUCUGUUGUCAAGUUCCGGCUGGGACCAUGGAAUGGUGUUCGAUAUAGUGGAAUGCCUAAUCUAGAUCCUAAUCCAUAUUACAGCUACGAAUUUGUGUUGGAUGACGAUGAGAUUUACUACCACUAUGAGCUCCUUGACAGUUCGUUCAUUUCCAGGUUGGUAAUAAAUUCAAAUGGCAUCGUACAACGUGUCACUUGGAUUGAUCGAAUGCAGGGUUGGACGCUUUACCUUACUAUACCAAAAGACAACUGUGACACCUAUGCAUUGUGUGGUGCCUAUGGUAGCUGUACGAUUGAUGAGUCCCCAGUAUGCAGGUGCUUGACAGGAUUCACACCCAGGUACUCUCAAGAAUGGGAUAUCUUGGAUUGGUCAAAUGGGUGUGUCCGUACAGCUCCUCUGGAUUGUGGAAAGGACAUAUUUGUGAAGUACUCUGGGAUGAAAUUGCCAGAUACAAGUAGUUCUUGGUUUAAUAAGAGUAUGAAUCUUCAAGAAUGCGAAGAAGUUUGCAAGAAAAAUUGUUCCUGUAUGGCUUAUUCGAACUUGGACAUCAGAGGAGGAGGGAGCGGUUGCUUGCUGUGGUUUGGAGAGAUAAUUGACAUUAGAGAGCUAAACAUAAACGGGCAAGACCUCUACAUCAGGAUGGCAGCCUCAGAAUCAGGUAAAGAUGACGGUUCUGAAUCAGGAGACAACUCUGAAUGUCAAAAGGAAGAUCUUGAAUUACCAGUGUUUGACUUGGGAACAGUAGCUAUUGCUACCAAUAACUUCUCAGAAGAAAAUAAGUUGGGGGAGGGCGGUUUUGGACCUGUGUACAAGGGGGUGUUGGAGGAUGGCCAAGAAAUCGCAGUGAAGAAACUUUCAAAUGACUCAAGGCAAGGGCUACACGAGUUCAAGAAUGAAGUCCUAUACAUUGCAAAGCUUCAGCACCGAAACCUUGUGAAGCUUCUGGGAUGCUGCAUUCAGGAAGAAGUUUUGUUGAUCUACGAGUUCAUGCCCAACAACAGCUUGGAUUCCUGUCUCUUUGGAACAUGCUUUACUAACGUGAAUGAAAAUUUGGCAGAUCAAAACCAGAAAGCUACUUGGCUGAUCUCUGAUUUUGGCUCAGCUAAAUGCUUUGUAGGAGAUGAGACAGAGGCAAACACUAUCAGAGUGGUCGGAACUUACGGCUACAUGUCUCCAGAGUAUGCCAUCGAUGGAGUUUUCUCAGUGAAAUUGGAUGUCUUUAGCUAUGGUGUUUUGGUGCUUGAGACAGUUAGCGGGAAGAGAAACAGAGGGUUUCGUCCAGACCACUGUCAUAAUCUUGUGGGACAUGCUUGGAGACUCUUUACAGAAGACAGGUCCAUGGAACAACUUGAUGAGUUGGUUGAGUCUUAUAAUGCUGCUGAAGUCUUAAGGUCUAUACAUGUUGCUCUAUUGUGCGUGCAGCAAUGUCCUGAGGAUAGGCCGAGCAUGUCUGCGGUGAUUCUGAUGCUAGGAAGUGCCGAUGAAUUGCCUCUUCCAAAGGAGCCUGGUUUUUACAAUGAAAGGAAGCUGCCUCCAGAACACACUUUUAGCCAUCGGACUUCUUUACCUUCAUCAGGAUUCAGACUCAGGAUUUAUUCACAGAGAUGUAAAGCUAGCAAUGCAUUGCUAGAUUAUGAGAUGAACCCCGAGAUAUCUGAUUUUGGCUUGGCUAAGAUCUUCCCAGGAAAUGAGACAGAGUCGUUACAUGUUCUGGAGUGUGUCAUCGAUGGAAUUUUCUCAUUGAAAUUUGAUGUCUUCAGCUCUGGUGUUCUGGUGCUUGAUCGGUUAGUGGGUAGAGAAACAGAGGUUUCAGCAUCCUGA